CUUGAUGGGGAACAAGAGGGCGAGGCUAAGGAAGCGGCGGAUCACGGAAGAGAGACGAAGGUCUGAGCUGCUUGAUGGCUGCGGAAGUGGAGAGCGGCUGCUGGGGGUUCCCUCGCUGUGAACGCCUGAUAGAUGCUGCGCUCAUUCCACCCUUUGGGUUGGUUCUGGCUACUGCAUGUGGCGGGGCAGUUCUCUCCUGCCACUGGGAAAGAGAUCGACGUCGCCCGCUAUAGGGAAAGAGUCAAGUCCAUGUUUUAUCAUGCUUAUGAUAACUACUUGAACAAUGCUUUCCCAUACGAUGAACUGCGUCCUCUGACAUGUGAUGGGCAGGACACUUGGGGAAGCUUUUCGCUCACACUGAUUGAUGCUCUGGAUACUCUGCUAAUUUUGGGAAAUGUCUCUGAGUUCCAAAGAGUUGUCGGUGUGCUGCAGGAGGAUGUGAAUUUUGAUAUUGAUGUAAAUGUUUCCGUCUUUGAAACCAACAUCAGAGUGGUUGGUGGCCUCCUGUCUGCUCACUUGCUGUCAAAGAAGGCUGGUGUUGAAGUGGAAGUAGGAUGGCCAUGCUCUGGGCCCCUCCUGCGGAUGGCAGAAGAUGCAGCUCGAAAACUUUUGCCAGCUUUUCAGACUCCAACUGGAAUGCCAUAUGGGACUGUGAACUUACUACAUGGAGUAAACCCUGGAGAAACUCCAGUUACUUGUACUGCUGGUAUUGGUACAUUUAUAGUGGAAUUUGCUACAUUAAGUCAUCUUACAGGUGACUCAGUAUUUGAGGAUGUUGCCAGAAAAGCUCUUAAGACCCUCUGGAAAAAUCGCUCUGAUAUUGGCUUGGUAGGCAACCAUGUUGAUGUGGUAACUGCCAAAUGGGUAGCCCAAGAUGCUGGUAUUGGAGCAGGAGUAGAUUCCUACUUUGAGUAUCUUGUUAAAGGAGCUAUCCUACUGCAGGAUGAGGACCUGAUGUCCAUGUUCCUUGAUUAUAACAAUGCUCUAAAGAACUACACAAAAUUUGAUGAUUGGUAUCUCUGGGUUCAGAUGUACAAAGGGACAGUUUCAAUGCCAGUUUUUCAAUCUCUUGAAGCCUACUGGCCCGGCUUACAGAGUCUUAUUGGAGACAUAGAUAGUGCAAUGCGAACAUUCCUCAACUAUUACACUGUUUGGAAGCAGUUUGGUGGGCUGCCAGAGUUCUACAAUAUUCCCCAAGGCUAUACAGUGGAAAAGCGUGAAGGAUAUCCACUUAGACCUGAACUGAUAGAGAGUGCAAUGUACCUAUAUCGUGCUACACAAGAUCCCACCCUUUUGGAGCUGGGCAGAGAUGUUGUGGAGUCAAUAGAAAAAAUCAGCAAGGUGGAUUGUGGCUUUGCAACAAUCAAAGACCUGAGAGAUCACAGGCUAGAUAACCGUAUGGAGUCUUUCUUCCUGGCUGAAACGGUGAAGUAUUUGUAUCUACUGUUUGACCCUGACAACUUCAUUCAUAACAAUGGAUCAUCCUUUGACGUUGUGCUGACACCGUAUGGUGAAUGUAUUCUUGGUGCUGGUGGAUUCAUCUUCAAUACUGAAGCUCAUCCUAUAGAUCCUGCUGCCCUGCACUGUUGUAGGAGACAAAAAGAAGAGCAGUGGGAGGUGGACAACUUGAUUCGGGAGCUCUACACUCUAAAAAGAAGCAAGAAAAUCACUUUCACAAGGACUUUGAAUAACGGGGAAGGGGGCCCACAAAAAGACUCUGCAGAUACUUCCUCUGAAAGCUGCAAGGGGCAAACAAGGUCUACACUGAAAGGAAAAAGGAAAAUCCCACUACUGAGUUGCCCCAGUCAAUCCUUUAACUCAAAACUGGCAGUUCUAGGGCAGGUCUUCUUAGACAACACAUGACUUUUUAAAAGUAUUUUUUCAGAGUUGUUGAAUUAAAUGUAUUUUAUUUGAACUUUC